AUGCUUCUACUUUUGCCUAGUGCUCUUACACUUCUGUUAGCUUCUGAAGAUCUCGUUUGUCAUCAAGUUUGUCAUCCAUUCCUAAGCGAAUUUUCGACGCCACGUUUCCGUACCACUGCGGAUCUUCAACAUAUUGAAUUGCCUGUAACGGAAGGGUGCCGAAGCAAUGUGCAAGCUAUGAAGGAAAUGAAGAUUGCCUCCUGUGGUCUUUUAGUACUCAAUACGAAGUCACCUCUGAUCAAAUCAUCUAUAUCGUCGCUGGUGAUCUACACGCGGCAAUAUUCAUUCGCUGGUACACUGAGUGACAAGUGCGUGCUACCAGCCGUGCCACAUCCGGUGGAGCAACACACUGUUCGCGACGCUAUUCGAGCUAACGCCAAAUCUACGCGUCUACGUCUUAUCGCGAAGAACGCUACACUUCUAGUUAUGGAUUGCGAGCUCCAUUUGAUUGUGACAGCAAUACAUCCACAUGCUACCGGUCACAAAUCACUAGAUCUCUAUGUACCAAUUGACAAUUCAAAGUCGCAGUAUCGAAGAUUAGUGUUCAGAAACAACUCGCUCACUGACAUAGUAGUUAAGCUGGUCGUUUCGAAGCCACAUGUUGUCGAACUGGCGAGGGAUCGUCUUCGACUUCUUCCGUCUGGUUCUCUCUUUAUUGAAAUCAAAAUCGACAGUGCUAGAAUUGGAACAUUUGAUUAUCAAUCGCCUAAAAUUUCCGGCUAUGCGAUGCCUGUUUACGCUCAUACAUUGCCUAAAAUUGCUAAGUGGUUGAACACGCCUGGUAUGGAGACCAAGAAACAGCUUGCCUUUGAACUGGAAGUCAAGUUUAAUAACAACGUUUUUUCUGCACGUGAUACUAUAAUCGAUCUUCCUGGUAGCGCAUGUCUAGUGGAAGCUGUUCCAAAAUCAAUUCCUCUCAUUAAAAAUGACUCGCCAGUUGAUACUGUAGACGUCGAUACGACUACGGCAGUGAUGCUCAACUCACAGGAAGAUGUAAUUAAGUUUGGUCGUGUAGAAGCAGAGAAAAACGAAAGUUGCUGGUUUACUGAAAUGCUCAGCUCGAAUUAUAAUCCCAUGAGCGGGAUUACAAACGAAGAGAGCAGGCGAGAUGUACCACCUAAAACAUUGUCUUCCGACUUCACCAACAGAGCAUCCUCAAUAACUGCUGUCGAGCGUCUCGGGAACUUUGUGAAUGUGGAGCAGGAUGCAACUCCUUGUGGAGGAAGCUAG